UGUUUUUGCUCUUUCUCGUGGCAUUUUCCUUAAACGUGGUUUAUUGUUGUUACUAUAUUUACGUCUUACCAGGGAUACAUUUCAUCGAUAGCUACUAAAAAAAUUCAUCCCUUUUCUCGAGAAGGUUGAUAGGAUCUUCGCAUUACGAUUUUCCCUUUUCUAUCUAGUCUUGACCAUUUGACUGACGACAGUUAUACAAACCAAACUAUCACAUAUCUCAAUAUGGAGCUCGACUGCACCAAUGCACCCAGCACUGUCCCCAGCGACCCGGGGAUCGCAGGCAUCGGCGUGCUCCUAUCCUUCAUAAUCGCCGCCGCGAUAGCACUUCUACUCAGCGCCUCUCUCGUCUUCCAAGAGAUCCGCAACAACAACAAGUCCAAGACCAAAUCCUCGUCCUCGUCCUCGCCCCCGAAAUCGUCCAUCCUCCGCCGCAAGCUGCUCAACUCGUACUCGGACCAGCAGAUCCUGACGGGGAUCGGCAUCCAGUCCGUCGGCCUGGCGAAGCGCGCGUCCCUCGUCCCCUACCACUUCUUCCUCGUCUGGAUGCUCUCCCUGCUCUCCAUGGCCGUCCACAACGCCACCCUGCUCGCCCUCGCCCGCGACUUCCGCCGCGACUGGGUCCUGCGCUGGAUGCGCGAGCUGCUCAUGCUCGCGAACCUCGUGCUGUCGAGCACGUACGGUGUGUUCGUCCUGCGUGCCGUCCAGCGCGGGAUCAGCGACUCCACGCUCCCCGUCGAGUGCGCGUGGCGCGCGGAGACCCGCGACGGCCCCGCGGCCGCGAACGCGGGCGUGUCGUACGUCGGCACGGGCGCGGUCCUGGUCGGGAACGUGGUGAUCUUCGGGCUGGCGAUGUGGUACCUGCACGCGCGGGCGCGGCGCUUCUACGCCGCCGUGCAGGUCGGCGGGCUCGCGCUGAUGGCGGCGUUCGCGGUCGGCGCCACCGUGCGCGUGGCGUACCUCGCCGACGCGUUCGCGCGGUCGACGCCCGUGCCGCUGCGAGACGCCGGCGAGCGCGACUGGAGCUUCGGGCAGCUGCUGUCCGUGGGGAUGCUGCUCUUGCCGCUCGCGACCGUUGUCGAGAUCCUGAGGGGCGAUAUCAAGUGCGCGCCUCCGGAGCGCGAGGGGGGCUGGGACGAGGAUGAGGGAAAGGGGAGGUUAUUGUUGUCGGACGAGGAGGAGCAGACGAGGGAGACGCAGGAAUUAAGGUCGGGUAUGCCGGUUCAAGAAGAUCGCCCCGAGGAGUUCCGGCCGAGUCCGUUGGCGGGAUCGGUGUCGAGUUUCUUGCAUAAGAAGUAAAAGGGGGAGGGGGGAGGAGAAAAAAGAAAGAAAAAGAAAAAGAAAAAGAAAGAGGAGAGUAUGAGAAAUGCCAGAGAUACCCCUUACAGGCGAGUUCAGCAUGUGCUCCCUCUUACGAAGUAGAUAAUAUCACUUUUCCUUAUUCUACAUGAACCGUCUUGAGCAAUGAACUCGUAACGAAUAUUUAAUAAGAAAU